CGUCACUCAGCCUGUCACCACGCUGAGGCCCCGAGACCCUCGGCUGAGAGCAGGGUGACUGUGUAGGGUCCGUGGCCGCACCGCUAGUGCCCCAAUUUUCGAAGAGCCGCAGGUGGAUGCUCGCUGGUCCUGCGCUCCCUUUUGCUGCUGGCCGCAACUCGCUGCUACGUCCUGCCGCCAUGACACGCCACGCGUCGUGAGCGAGGCGGCUUGCGGGCGAGCUUCGCAGCAGACGGACAGCGACGCCUGCGUUGACCGGGAAUUCAGCGUCGCACGACUGGUCGUCGCAGUUUUCGCGGCUCGCUAAAGUGUGGCCGACGCCCGUUCGGCCCGCCGGGUGCCCGUAUGACAGCCGCGGUGCGCUAACGGUUGGAGCUGGCAGCUUCUCUUGCUGUGUGAGCCAAGCUGUGCGACGAGGAGCUUGCGAUGGGUCAAGUCCUCCAAAAAGUUCACGGUUCAAAGCAGCCCAAGGUGUCAUGUUUUCGACGCAAGAAGCUCCUCUGCGAGUUCAACACUUUCUACGACCUUAACAAAGACGGCGUCAUAACCAUCGACGAUUUCAACCAAGCCAGGCUGCAUAUCUGCAGGUUGAAUGGCUGGAAGGAGGGAUGUCCAAAGUUCGACAAGACAAAGGAGCUCUUCGACGAGAUAUGGACGCUGCUUAGACAAGAUGCUGACUGCGACUCAGACGAAAGGAUCACCUCUGAAGAAUGGAUACAACUUUGGGAACGACGCACAAAGCUAGAAAGCCAGGACCAGGAGGAAGGUGCACCAAAAUGGCUUGUCGCGUACCUGUGGUUCCGUUUCAACAUGUACGACAGGACAGGGGAUGGCGUAAUAGACUGCGACGAAUUUAGCUAUGUACUGGAGGACUUUGGUAUACCUCAGAGGCAGUCCAGACAAUGUUAUCUAAUUAUGACUGAGAACGACACAAGGAAGUUGGACUACAACUACUUCUGCGAGCUUGCUGAAGAGUACCUGACUUCGGAAGAUGAGUGCGCGCUCGGUAACUUCAUCACAGGAAGGCUCGAUUUUCGCCAUUGACUCUAGUUACAGCUCAGUGUCCACUCGCACGCCGAUGUGGUGCCUUCGAAUGCCGCCGAGGUUGCGUCGUCGAACGUAACCCUGGACAGCGACAGUAUUAUUCUUCUCGCUCGCCGUGCGCAAACUUCGUGCACAUUCAGGUGGAUCAAUGUAUUUAUCAUCUCGUCUACCACCGGACGUGUUGUGGUCUACCACCCUACGCCGCAGAAAACCGACGUUUCCGUGUUUUAUAAGAAAAUAAAUGUUUUAAAGGCCCUAUAUAUGGCUGAAUUGA